AUGGCUUUGCGGGCCCCGCAGGUCUCCCGCUGUUGUUGCCUGCUGCGAGCCGUCCGUGCUGCUGAAUUUCCUCGGAGGCUGAGCGGCCGGAGCAGCACCACACAGGCAUGCCCCGAGGCCACCCGUCUGGCUCUGCUGCCAUCCACGAAUGCCAUUCUUACGUGGAGAUGGCAGGCGUGCAGGCACGUAUCUGUAGAAAGCUGUUCUCCGACUGGCAGUGCCAAGGAUGGAUCCUUUUCUUCUCCCCAAAGUAGCUUGCCUUCACCAAUAAAACAGGAAGAUGCAAAAGUAGAAACAUUGCCUGAGUUGAAUGCAGAAAUACUGUAUGAAGACUGGGAUGACAUCCCACCUUCAUCUGCUUUGGAGGAGAUUUCUGAGGAAGAAGCUGUACAGAUCAUUGCGGAACCGAUUCUGCCCCUUCAGUCUUCCACGCUCCGAGAUUAUGUUGAUCACUCUGAAACCCUGGCAAAACUUGUCCACCUAGGAGUUGACUUAUCCCAAGUUGAGAAACGCCAGAAGGCAGGUCAGCUCUUGCUGACCUUGGACUUUGAAAAAGAUAUAAGAAAAAUACUUCUGUUUCUUAAGGAUGUGGGUGUAGAAGACAAUCAGCUGGGACCAUUCCUGACCAAAAAUCCAUACAUCCUUGGUGAAGAUCUGGAAGCUUUGGAAACUAGAGUGGCUUACCUAAAAUCAAAAAAAUUUGGUAAGGCAGAAAUUGCUCAGAUGGUCUCAAGAGCUCCAUAUUUGCUCCUGUUUUCAGUGGAAAGACUGGAUAACAGACUGGGAUUCUUCAAAAAUGAACUUGGUCUCAGUGUGAAAAAGACAAAGGAUCUGGUAAUUCGUCUUCCAAGGCUACUGACUGGCAAAUUAGAGCCUGUAAAAGAAAAUCUUGAGGUUUGUCAGACUGAACUUGGUUUCCAGCGUAAAGAAGUUCAACAGAUUGCAUUUAAAACCCCCAAGAUUUUAACUGCAAGUAAAAAGAGGCUCAGACAGACGUUUGAUUACUUGCACAACAUCAUGGGCAUUCCCCACAACAUGCUCACUCGUUUCCCUCAGGUUUUCAACUCCAAGCUAUUACGAAUCAAGGAGAGACAUAUGUUUCUUAAAUUCUUGGGAAGAGCCCAGUAUGACCCAGCACAACCCAGUUACAUCUCUCUGGACCAGUUAGUAUCCUUACCCGAUGAGGUGUUUUGUACAGAGAUUGCCAAAGCUUCUAUGCAGGACUUUGAAAAAUUCUUAAAAACACUUUAAUUAAUAACACAUGUUAAA